UUAUUGAAAAUGGUUGUCAAGUUUGACUUGAGAAGGUGAUCACUAAAGUGCAUUAGGAUGAGUUGGCUAAAAUAACCAUGUCAUUCAUCAACCUUUAAAGUUUGGAUCAAAUAUUCAGUUUAAUUUUUACCGAGUCAACCUAAUUCGUAAUGGUGAGCCGAACUAACCGUCCGUAACCUAAGAUGUCAGUAGUUUGAUUAUUGUUAAAGAAUCACAUCAAGUUCUUGUUUCUCUUCCGAACUUUCUUAUCCAAGCCAAACAAAACCUCGAUAAAUCCCCACUCUUGUUGCUUAUGUCGCUUCUUCCCACUCCUCACUCUACCAAAUUCAUACUCUUCAUUGCCUAAAAUCAGCAAUGCCCUUUCAGAUUCAUACCAAUUUGUAAGGACUCGAGAACUCCGCUCGAACCCCUAUGAUUGACAUUGGAGAAAUCUCCUCUAAACCCUAUUCUACUAUCAUCCUCUGAAUCAAUUUCCAAUGCCACAAUCCCACUCCGUCGAAGUGACUCGGCUAAAUCCCGCUGGAGCUGAAGAGGAAUUUUCUUGAACCAUUCAACCCCCACUCGUGUUCUUCACCUUCCGGUAACCGAUGACUACUUCUUUACCAUUCACUUCACCAUUAAUCUCCGUAUUUUCGCCCAGAAAGACCCUUUUCUCGCUCAAGCUUAAUCGGCCUUCCAUUACUCAGAGUAAACAGUCUCUUCACUUGUCGAGUUCAUGUGUAAAUGUUCGCCAUUUCAAUUAUUUUAAACAUGUUUUCUCUACUUCUCGGAUCUUUCGUACUGUCACUCGAAGUUCGUCAAAUGGGUUUCUCGAAGAUGACGAGAUUCUCCCCUCUUUUGAGGAGAAGCCGGUUAAAGUUGUGCUGUUGGUUCUGUUUUGGGCAUCUCUAUCCCUUGCUUGGUUUGCUGCUUCUGGGGAUGCCAAAGCUGCUGCUGAUUCUAUCAGAGCUUCGAAUUUUGGCUUAAAGAUCGCCAGCGCAUUGCAGAGCUCAGGCUGGUCUCCUGAGGCUGUAGUAUUUGCCCUUGCUACGCUUCCUGUAAUUGAGCUCCGUGGGGCCAUUCCUGUUGGUUACUGGUUGCAUCUGAAGCCUGUAGCUCUAACCGUUCUAUCCGUACUUGGGAACAUGGUUCCUGUACCAUUUAUCAUACUCUAUUUGAGGAAAUUUGCAACUUUCCUAGCGGGAAGGAAUGCUUCUGCCUCUCAAUUCCUCGAUAUGUUAUUCAAGAGGGCCAAAGAGAAAGCUGCACCUGUUGAAGAGUUUCAGUGGCUUGGUCUAAUGCUAUUUGUGGCCGUACCUUUCCCUGGAACAGGAGCUUGGACUGGUGCCAUAAUAGCUUCCAUCUUAGAUAUGCCAUUCUGGUCAGGUGUCUCUGCAAAUUUCUUUGGUGUUGUAGUGGCAGGGCUUCUGGUCAAUUUGUUGGUGAAUCUUGGUCUGAAGGAGGCCAUUGUCACUGGAGUUAUUCUUUUCAUUAUAUCAACUUUCAUGUGGAGCAUUCUUCGACUGAUAAGAAAAGCUUUCAGAAAAUGAAUUAAUAGAAAAGGUUACGUAUUUCUACGUCUAGUGACAAUGAACCAGGUCGUGUCUGAUCUUAGUCUGAAUAUCUUGACUUAAGACUUGUUACUUGUUAGUUUAAGUUGCAACUCUGAUCAAUUGAUUACUCACUGUUUAAACGUGUGGAGAUGAUUAACUGUAGAUAAGUUUGUCUUGUGAACAUGUUCAGAAGAGAAACCAUCCGCAAACAACUUUCAUUUUUCAUACUGAGCUGAGAAAUGUUGUGUAAAUGCUGGUGUUAUAAUUGUUAUUUGCAUGUGUAGAAUUGUGAAUCU